AUGGCCGUCCGCCACGUGACGAAGAUUAGCAGCCUGACGCGCCCGGAGGUCGCCGGCGUGCUGCGGCUCGCGCUGGACAUGAAGGCGCGGCCGGAGGACUACCACGACGCGCUGAAGCGGAAAACCUUACUCAUGCUCUUCGAGAAGCCGUCGCUGCGGACGCGCGUGUCUCUCGAGGCGGGCAUGACGAGCCUCGGCGGCCACGGCAUCGCCUACAUGACGGGCGACAGCCCCAUCGGCGUCAAGGAGUCCUACGAGGACACGGGCGCGGUCCUGAGCCGCAUGGCCGACGCGGUGACGGCGCGCGUCAAGUCGCGCGACCAGAUCGCGGGGCUCGCGGCGAACGCGACGAUCCCCAUCGUCAACGCCCUGGACGACUACGCCCACCCCAUGCAGAUGCUCGCGGACCUGCAGACCAUCGUCGAGCACAAGGGCGGCGACGCCCCGGACGUCGAGCGCGCGCUCGGCGGCAAGGCGCUGGCCUUCGUCGGCGACUGCUGCAACAACGUGACCUACGACCUCAUGCGCGCGGGCGCGCUCAUGGGCCUCGACGUCCGCGUCGCCGGGCCGACGGGCGAGGGCUUCGACGUCGAGCCGUCGGUGCUCGAGGAGUGCGCGGCGCUCUCCGCGGCGCCCGGCGGCGGCGCCGUCACCGUCUGCGCGACGGCCGAGGAGGCCGUCAGCGGCGCCGACGUCGUCUACGCCGAUUCCUGGAUGUCCUACGGCAUCGAGGGCGCCGCGCGCGACUCGCGGCUCGCGGCGCUCAUGCCCUUUCAGGUGACGACGGACCUCAUGACGCAGGCGGCGCCCGACGCCAUCUUCAUGAACUGCCUCCCGGCCGUCCGCGGCGAGGAGCAGACCGCCGACGUCAUCGACGGGCCCCAGUCCGUCGUCUUCGACCAGGCGGAGAACCGGCUCCACGCGCAGAAGGCGCUCCUCGUCAAGCUCAUCUGCAAGGAGCUCUAG